AUGUCACAACCUCAGCAAGUUUAUGUGGACGAUCGGCAGGACUUGCGGGAAGAACAGGAGGCCGAUGGGCCUCUUGGAUCGCAAAGGAUACGGGCGUCUAUGUUAUUUUUACACUUGUGCGUCCAAGUUGUCGACCACUUGGCUUCUUGCUAUUCAAUAUGGCCUUUUAUGCUUCCAGUGCCGUCAACAGCAACCGUAUAUCACCAAGAGAUCCAAACACCCAUGGACCUGCUCACGCUGGAGAACAAAGUGUAUCGUGGACACUAUAAGAACUUUGGCCAGUUCCAAGACGAUCUCGUGCUCAUUUGGAAGAACGCUCAACGCUUUCACCAUGAUCCCACUACGCCCAUUCAUCGUAUGGCUAACGAUCUCGAACGACGAUAUCAUGAGUUUAUGCAGCCUCUGCUAAACGGCAGGUCUAUCAUUGUACCUGAAAGAACAUCACCAACUGCUGAAGAGACUGAUUUAUCGCUACCUAUGUUUACCGAGGUGUCUCCAGAAAGCUCCCUAUAUUUCAUGCAAUUGACUUUACCAGAGGAGAAGGCAACCAAGAAUAGAAUCGUCAAAGGAUAUUCGGAUGUGAUCGACAUUUACAAUCAAUUGAAUGGAGGCUUCUAUCGUGCAGUUAAUGCUAUCAAGGAAGGGCGUUUUUUACAUCAAAGACCACUGCCUCGGAUGUACAUAUGCAAGAAUCGUACACUCUUGCUUGAAUCACAAUCAAGGUCGAAUGGUGUAGUUGCAGUGUUCACAAACAUGGAGCUGAAGCCAUAUACCAGUUUGGAUGAUGAACGACUUACGCAUGUAAUUGGCGACGUGGCUCUAGUACGUCCACUAGGCAAGCCGGUGGACUUUGAUAUCAGCAAUGCGGAUUCACGCUUGUCAACCGAGUUCUUACCGAAAGCAUGGAUGAAGGUCAAGAUUGUCAAAGUUAUACCUGGAGUGCAGGCUGUGGUUACACUUGCAAUGAAGAGAGCUCUUUUUUAUCGACCUUACAGCACACAUCGCAUAUCCAACAAUCGAGAUUUAAGAACGAGUGCCAGCGACGUACAUCUUACUCGCCUUUUCACGAGAGCUGUUUUGGAUGGGAAAACAAGUUUGAAUGAUCCAAGCACAUAUCAAGUACCAGCAGAAGUAGCAUCGUCUUUUGUUUCAUCGAGUAAAAGAAGAUCAUCAUCAUCCACAGCAGCUUCGCAGGCAUCAACACCAUCACAUUCCUCCUCAUCCAUAUCAUCUCCUUCGUCUUCUCAGCAGCAAUUUGAGCAGAUUAAACGACGAAAGAUUAAUUCAUCCACAUACACAUCCAAUGACGAUGUACAUAAGCCUUCUUCAUCAUUAUCAUCAUCACCUUCAAGCGCCAUGCAAGCUCAGCAGCAAACACCAUCACCAAACUUUGACCAACAGGUGCCAAUCUUAUCUCGAUUUUCUUCGGUGGAUGAUAAUCCACAGCAUCCAGUGACUCCGCCAGAAUCUCAUCAUAACACGGAGAGUCUUUCUUUCACAAAGUACCUUGAUCCAACCAACGACGAAUCCAUGCAAGCUGAAGAUACAACUGAGAAUCGAGAAUAUUACAUCAAUCAAUCAAAGGAAUUGUGGGAAAAAGUGCUUCAGCUGUGUGACAACAAAAACGUGCCAAUUAUUCAUGUCAACAAGUACUUGAGAAACACGACGUCUUUCCCAAAUGCUGAAGGGUACUUCAAGCAUGUUUACUACGUCCAGAAUGAUCCAUCCGUGGUUGUUCAAACAUUUCGAAGAAUGACCAUCACACAACGAACGACAGAGUUGGUGACGCUAUUGGCAGUGCACAAUAUACCACACAUGGCGCAAAUCUUGGAGGUGUUGAAAGAGGACAAUGGCGAGAUCAUUGGAUUAUCAAUGGAGCGAUAUCAAAAGACACUCAAACAGUACACCCACAAGCAUACGCAUCAUCGGUUGACAGCGUAUCAAAAGAUGGAUAUCAUUCAACAAUUGCUUGUGUGUAUGCGUGAGAUUCAUGCGCUUGGUAUUGCACAUCGCGACUUGUCGGAGGUCAACUUUAUGGUGAAUGAAUCAAAGGAGCAACUUAGAGAUGGCAGCCCACGUGCUCAUGUAUACCUGAUCGACUUUGGCAAGGCAAUUUUCACCAAGCCUGAGGAUGUGCGACGAUGGUGGGUUGAUCGACCGCCAUUACGAGAAGGUGAAUACGAAGGUGAAGUGCUCCCUGAAAAUCAAGCUGAACUUGACAAGUGGUGCGAGCAUUUACCUUGGGUGCGUUGCAAGCCUGACCAUGGCUACCGGCACUAUCGUUCCAUUCAAACGUUACCACGGACACGCAUGGAUCAAGAGACACUUCCAUAUCUUGUUCAUCCUAUCGCUGAAGACAUUUAUUCCAUUGGCACGCUUAUUUGGAAGACGUUUGCUGAUAGUGAACCAUGGUAUGGGAUCCUGGAUACCGAUUUACGCGGCUUACGAGAACGCGUUCAAAAUGAUUACACCAUUGAUGCGGCACUCAAUCGUGAAGUAUCUGGUGAAUUGAGUCGUGAAUUGCUACGUUUCUGUUUGCGUGCAAGUCCAGAGGAUCGUAAAUCGGCUGAUGAAAUAUUGGAAUGGGUCCAAAAUCAUGAACAAGCAUUGAUCGAUGAAUGGAUUACGCAUGCACCCCAGGGAAGGACACGACGACAUGCUAAGGUGUUCAAUCGCUUUGAAGAGGAACAGGCAAUGCCACAACAAGGGACUCGAAAAGGAAAAGUUGGGAAAUCAAAGGCAGCACCUAUAAAGAAAGAGAUCGAUUCAGGCUCUACAACAACUACAACUACGACUACAACAACGGCAACAACAACAACCAAUGAUGAUGCACCGCCAAAGCGUAAACGUGGUCGUCCAAAAGGAUCGUUUAAAAAGAAUUCCAAAAGAGCAAAGGCUGCUGCUGCUGCCGCUGCUGCUGCUGCCGCCGCCGCCGCUGAAGCUGAAGCUACAUCAUCACUGCAAGAUUUGGGUUCAUCAUCUCCCACGCCAAUGUUGACACCAACAACUUCAAUCCCAAGCAGCAAUGAUGCCGUCAUUGCUCAGGGACCAAUGCAUGUGAUCAGGCACAAUGAAGCGAUUCCACCCAUUAUGCCAUCCACUACAACAAGCCAACCCAUUGUUCCAGAACAAACAUCAUUUCCAGUACACAAGCAUGAAGAACAACCACCACCAGCAUCAUCAUCAUCAGCAACACUUAUUCGUCUUCCCAGCGAUUAUAUUGCUUCUCGAUCACCAUCGCCUAGUGUCCAAACAAAGGAACAACUUGGUACAGCAUCCUCCACUAUUAUUCGAUUACCAAGUGUCAAUGCUCGACCGCAAGAUGAUACCAUGCAAAGUCGAUCUUCCAAUCAAUCACCUUCCAGGGGUCAUGUUGAUACACCGUCUCAUACGGCUACCCGUUCAUCACCAUUAUCCAACAACAAUGCAGCUGAACAAGAUCAGCAUACAUCAGGUGAUAGAGAGUCUACUAGUCCCACUAUUCGACUUUUACUUUCACUUCAACAGCCUCCUCCAUCUUCAUCAUCUCCCCACCACCAAUGA